GAUUUUUGUCAGCUCUUUUCUUGGUAUCUCAUAAUUAUUUUAGAGGACUAUUAACCCUUUUUUUCCUCUCACAAUUUAUGAAUGGCCCUUUCGAAAUUAAGAAACUUUUUUGCUUUUGAUGAUGAUAUGGACAAAGCAUAAUUAAUGGUUUUUGUUGGUCAAGCGUGUUUUCUCUGAAUGAGUAAUUUUUCCUUCUUUUUUUUUGGUUUUUUUCCAUCUAUAAGGUACUAAUUUUGUCUAAUUUAACAUUUUAGUUUCCAAUGUGUCAUUAUUAUUUACGAUAAGUUUCCACAUAAAGCGUUUUUUGACAUCUUUGUGAGCCAAACUUUGUGGACAAUACUUGUGUUCUUCUGCAACUUAACGAGAGAGAUAUGGUAGGAAGAAGCUGCAGCUUAGAUACGCGUGGACUUGAGUCCACGGAUCUUAGAAUAGCUUUUUAUGAAAUGAAAGAAGAUGUAGAGAGGCUAGAGGGAGAGUUGGAUGCUGAAAGAGAAGCUACUGCUUCGUCAGUGAGCGAAGCCAUGUCCAUGAUACGUAGGCUUCAAGGCGAGAAGGCGAUGCUUGCUAUGGAAGCUAGCCAGUACAAGAGAAUGGUUGAGGAGCGAAUGUCUCUCGCUGAGUUCUCGAUGGAGCUUUUGGAGGAUCUGAAUUACGAGAAAGAUGUUGAAAUCAAGAAUCUUGAGUGUGAAUUACAUGCCUACAGGUGUAAGCUUACGAGCUUGGGAUGUAACGGAACUGAUGAGGAUUGGGUGAGAUUUUGCGAUAGGUCUCAAACGCCGUCUUCUGAAUCGAUUAGUACAGUUCCUGUGGAGAAGGGAGUUAUAGAGCAGAGCUUGGAUUCAAGAAGGGAUAAGGAGAAGGAUAACGAUUUGUAUUGGGAGGGGAUCAAGAAGCUGGACGAGCAAUUGAAAGAGCUUAAGGGUUUUCGAGAUUCUUUAAGAGAACAGUGCAAUACUUUGAAGCAGGAGGCUGAAACUAAGAAUGGAGAAAAGGGUUUGUUGUGUAAACCUGAUUUGUUGGUGAAAAAGAUGUCCAAAAAGUCAUCAAAACAGAGAAGAGACAGAAGCAUCAAAAGAGAUCAUGCGCGGGGGAGUUGUUCUGCAAACGAUUCAGAGUAUCAGGCCGAGUUGCAAAGGUUGAAAGAGAGAAUAGAGCUGCUUGAGCGGGAAAGAUGCAACACAGAGCCAGCUCAAGCUAUUGUAGUAAAGCAAGAAAAUAUGAAUCUGCAGAGAAAAUCAGAAGAAGAGUUAAGAUCUGCAAUGUUUGGUUAUGACUCAGCUACUGUUUCUGUUCAAGAGGCUAUGCUUUACUUCUGGCUAUAAGACACGCCUUUCUUUUUGAGAUAACGAUUUUAGGGCGAGUAUUCCAGACGUUUGAGAAUCUUAUAGUGUGUUAUUGAGAUUAGUGAAGGCGUGAGAUUACUAUUGCACUUGCAUUUGUUUUUUUAGCUUGUAGUAAUUAAGAACCAUAUCUUCUGUAAUGUUUGAGUCUUU